AGUUUUGUCACAAAUUGGUAAUCAAUGGCAAAAUUGGGAGUUUUGUUGCUUUCCGUGCUUUUGGUGUCAUUUCUGUCGGAUAUACACGCCGUCCAGAAAAGAGAUCAUAACGAUUAUGCAAAGAACCCUCAUCCGAUAGUGUGUUACUUUGGCAGUUGGGCAUUCUACCAUAAGGCCGAGAAGUUUGAUGUCUCUGAUAUUAACUACGAUUUGUGUACACACGUUAACUACGGUUUUGCUAAAAUCGAUGAAUACAACUAUGAAAUCCAAAUGUUUGAUCCCUGGCUGGAAGACCAUUUCCAGGCGUACCAGAGAUUCAUUGACCUGAAGAAAAAGAACCCGAACUUAACGACAAUGAUAUCAUUGGGCGGUUGGUAUGAGGGGUCAGAGAAGUACUCAGAUAUGGUUACCAAUCCUGAUAUCAGAAAGAGAUUUGUGAAGAGUGCCGUUGAAUUCUUGGAUAAACACAAUUUUGAUGGCCUGGACUUAGAUUGGGAACAUCCGGCCGCCAGAGGCGGCGCGAGUAGUGAUAAAGAGAAUUAUAUCAAACUUUUGGAAGAAUUGAAGGAAGCGUUUGAACCGAAAGGAUAUCUCCUGACGGCCGCCGUAUCUCCAGGAAAGGGAACAAUUGAUGCGGCAUUUGUUGUGCCAAAACUGAAUGAACUGCUCGAUUGGGUAAAUGUGAUGACGUACGACUACCAUGGUGGGUUUGACAACUAUUUGGGACACAACGCACCCAUAUAUCACAGACCGGAAGAAAAUGAAGAGUUGGAGAGACAAUUACCUCCAAUGGAUUACACGCACUUCACUGUCGACUAUACUAUCAAUUAUUUCCUAAGUCUGGGUCUGUCUAAGGAGAAGAUGAUAAUGGGAGUGCCCUUCUAUGGCAGGGGUUGGACUCUUAUGGACGCUCAACACAAUCAUCUUCACGACGAGGCAAAGGGUAUGUCACCCGCGGGUUGGAUAGGUGGUGAGCCCGGAGUGUUGGGCUACGACGAGUUAUGCCAAAUGUUCAAUAAAAACGGCAGCGAUUGGCACCACACGGGAGACCCCUAUUAUUUGGCUCCUUAUUCGUGGACUAAUGAGAUAUUUAUCGGACACGAAGACAAGAAGAGUCUUAAAUGCAAAAUCGCAUACUUGAAGAGCAAGAAAUUGAAGGGAGCGAUGGUUUGGGCGCUUGAAAACGACGACUUCAAGAACCGUUGCGGUGAAGGAGCGUAUCCUUUGCUUAACACUGUUUACGAUAUGCUUAACGGCAAAGACAGCGGAUCUAUGGAGUGUCCCUACGGAGACAUUUACCCGCCGACUGUGCCUCCGACAACCACUACCACCACAACUACCACUACUACCACAACAACACCCGCCCCGACCACACCAACCGAUCCGCCGACAACACCAACCACUCCGCCGACACCUUCCCCGACAACACCCACAACUGCGCCGACACCGCCGCCAACCACUCCCACAACACCAGCGCCGCCGACCCCAACACCCGAACCAAUUGACGUCAUUUGUUCCCGCGAUGGGUAUAUGGAGUAUCCCAACGAUAUCCAUAAGUACUAUCAGUGCGAGAAUACAGGACCCCAUCAAUGGAGAUUAACUCUGAAGCCGUGCCCACUCGGCCCGUCCGGUGAACAACUGGUUUGGCACCAGAAGCUCAGGAGAUUGUGUUAUUUUGGGAGUUGGGCACACUAUCAUCAGGAGGAACCCUUCGACAUCGAGGACAUUAAUUACGAUUUGUGUACUCAUAUUAACUAUGGUUUUGCCAAAAUUGAUGAAUACACGUAUGAGAUACUGGCGUUUGAUCCCUGGCUUGACGAGCACUUGCAGUCUUACCAGAGAUUUGUCGAUCUGAAGAAGAAGAACCCGAACUUAACGACAAUGAUAUCGUUGGGCGGUUGGUAUGAGGGGUCAGAGAAGUACUCAGAUAUGGUUACCAACGCUGAAAUCCGACAUAAGUUUGUGAGAAGUGUUGUCACUUUUUUGGGUAAAUACAACUUCGAUGGCCUGGACUUGGAUUGGGAAUACCCGGGCAAUAGAGGCGGCGCUACCACUGAUAAAGACAAUUAUAUCCAACUGUUGACUGAAUUAAGGGCUGCUUUUGAACCGCACGGAUAUCUAUUGACAGCCGCUCUCUCACCGGGAAAGCAAACGAUAGACUCGGCAUAUAUUGUGCCAAAACUGAAUAAACUGCUCGAUUGGGCAAAUGUGAUGGCAUACGACUACCAUGGUGGUUGGGAGGACUUUCUCGGCCACAACUCACCACUUUUUAGCCGCCCCGACGAGACCGACGAACUGAGUGAAAAAUAUGGCGUUAACUUCAAGUGGUUUACAGUCGACUAUACUAUUCAUUAUUACCUAAAUCUGGGUUUGUCUAAGGAUAAGAUGGUAAUGGGAGUGCCCUUCUAUGGCCGGGCGUGGACUCUGUUGAAUGAAACGCAAAUAAAUAUUCACGAUUACGCUAAAGGUAUGGCACCGGCCGGUAAAAUAUCACACGAGCCGGGAGUGCUCGGCUAUAAUGAGUUAUGUCUGUUGGAGAAACAGCAUCCGCAAGAGUGGCACAACUCGUACGACAAGUACUAUAUGGCACCGUAUGCCUGGACUAAAGACAUAUUCAUUGGCUUUGAUAACGAGGACAGUAUUCAAUGCAAAAUAGCGUUUCUCAAGUUAAUGGGUUUGAAGGGAGCGAUGAUUUGGUCGCUGGAAAACGACGACUUCAAGUCCCGGUGCGGUUCGCUUAAGUACCCCCUCUUAAGGAAAGUGCAUUCAAUGCUCAACGGAGACGAAAUACAUUCAAUGGAGUGUAAAUACGGCGAUCUCUUCCCCACUACUCCCAAACCCACUUCACGCCCGACCACAACCACUACAACACCCAAACCUACACCACCGCCCACUCAAACCCCCACUGAGCCGCCCCUCCCCACCACUUCUAAGAGUCCGAUCGACUACUGGUGCUCGAAGGAUGGAUAUAUGCCCGAUAGUACUGACCCACAUGUGUUUUAUCAGUGCGAAUGGAUCCCAGGCAAGGGCUGGUGGUUGCAUAAAAUGAUUUGUCCAGGUGUGACCAAUUGGAAUCAGGAUACUUUGAAGUGCGAUAAAUAAUAAAUUUAUUGACUGG